CACGAACCCCAUACCUUCCUCCCCUCCCUCCCCCUUCCAAGUUGUUUCAUCACCAACUAUCUAUCCUCCAUUAUAUUACACACCACACCAUACGCUCUUUUCUUAAUCAAAUCAAAAUCAAAAAUCCAAAUCAAAGUCCCCUUCUUUUUCUUCAAUCCCAUUUCAAGAUUUCAAUAUCAAUAAAAUUAAUUAAUUGAUGGCUUCCAUUAACAUGUCUUCUUCUUCUUCUUCACCGUCCACAUCUCUACUUCGCUCAAAGAUGAUCACAAGUUCCAACUCGUAUAGCGGUCUUCACUUCAUAAAUCUUUUUCCGUCCAAUGGGCAUACAUCAGAGUCAUUUCUCCAGCUUGGUACUAGAGCAUGCUCCAAAAGUAAAGGUGUCAGAGCUUCAUUAUCUCCUAUAGAUGGCGGAUUUCCCGUUAAUCAGAAAAGGAUUAAUGGUGUAGAGAAAAAUGGCAUUAGUGUGUCUUCUGGAAUUGUGAUACAGCCUGAUUCGAUAUCGUUGGGUACACUAGCAGCCGAAAUCACUCCUAGCAUGAACGGGUUUUCUACUGUUGCCGGUGAAUAUGAUUUAGAUCAGCCCACUGCAGGAUUCUCAUCAAUUCCAGAGGCAAUUGAAGAUAUACGCCAAGGAAAGAUGGUAGUGGUUGUUGAUGAUGAAGAUAGAGAAAAUGAAGGAGAUCUGAUAAUGGCAGCAUCUUGUGUUACACCAGAGGCUAUGGCUUUUAUUGUUAAGCAUGGAACCGGAAUUGUUUGUGUAAGCAUGAAAGGUGAAGACUUAGAUAGGUUGGAGCUUCCUUUAAUGGUAAACCAUAAAGAUAAUGAGGAAAAGCUCUCUACAGCCUUCACAGUUUCAGUGGAUGCAAAACAUGGUACUACUACUGGAGUGUCAGCGCGCGAUCGGGCGGUAACUAUAAAAGCUCUAGCUUCAAAAGAUUCUCAACCUGGAGAUUUCAACCGUCCGGGCCACAUAUUUCCUUUGAAAUACAGGGAGGGUGGUGUGCUUAAAAGAGCUGGUCAUACUGAAGCUUCCGUUGAUCUAGCCAUAUUAGCUGGGUUUGACCCUGUAGCUGUUUUAUGUGAGAUUGUGGAUGAUGAUGGUUCCAUGGCUAGAUUGCCAAAGCUCCGGGAAUUUGUCAAAAGGGAGAACUUAAAGAUUAUAUCUAUUGCUGAUUUAAUCAGGUAUAGAAGGAAGACGGAUAAACUAGUUGACCGUGCUUCUGCUGCACGUAUACCUACUACAUGGGGACCAUUUGUUGCCUAUUGUUACAGAUCAAUCUUAGACGGAAUCGAACAUAUCGCAAUGGUCAAGGGUGAGAUUGGUGACGGGGAGGAUAUUCUUGUUAGGGUACAUUCCGAAUGCUUAACAGGAGAUAUAUUCGGGUCUGCUAGAUGUGAUUGUGGGAAUCAAUUGGCACUUGCAAUGCAACAAAUUGAAGAGGCUGGCAGGGGAGUAUUGGUUUAUCUCAGAGGUCACGAGGGAAGGGGUAUUGGGUUGGGUCACAAGCUUCGUGCUUAUAACCUGCAAGAUGAUGGUCGUGAUACUGUCGAAGCCAAUGAGGAACUUGGGUUGCCUGUGGAUUCCAGAGAGUAUGGUAUUGGUGCACAGAUUUUAAGAGAUUUGGGAGUUAGAAGAAUGAAGCUAAUGACAAACAAUCCUGCUAAGUACAUUGGGCUCAAAGGCUAUGGUUUGGAGGUGGCAGGCAGGGUUCCCCUUCUGACUCUCAUCACAAAGGACAACAAAAGAUAUCUUGAGACCAAACGAGCCAAAAUGGGUCAUGUUUAUGGCUCUGCCAACAGCGGUGUCCCAAACCUUAUCACUCAAAACGAAAAACCAACACAAGAUGCAAAUGAAUAAGUUUGAGGUUCAUCUAUUGACUCACAUUCUUUACUUACCCAGAUCGGAGAAAGUCAUAUAGGACCUAAAGCGAACUCUAAAAAUGUAUGAUAAAGAGAUUCGAAAACAGGUGGAUUCAUUCUUUGAAACAGAUUCAAACAUGAUUUUGUAAUACUUGAUAGCGGAUGUAAAGAUGUUGCAAUUUUCGUUUACGUGUGACGUUAACUUUAAUAGAGAGGACAUGUGUCUGCUUAUCCAAAAUGUGCCUGUUUAGCAACAUUGUGAUAGGAAUGUAUAAAAGUAAGCCAUAGAUUAAACAUGUCAUGAAUCAUGAUCGAUGUAAUCUGAACACGAUUAUUUGACGACUUCAUUUUCUCA